AAUUAAUUUCAUUCUAGGAACUUAAUAUUAAGGGAAUAAGGUGGGGUUAGGGGUGAAAUUGUUGCCACAAAACACAUCUAUUUUUUUUUUUCAAGACCAUGAUCCUUGCAUUCAAUGGAUGCACUUUGUGGAAGUGUCACUUGACUCUUGAACAAAAAUCUAUUGUAGAGAAAAGCUUCUAUUUUUGGAUCUUCCAUUUCUUUAAUAGAUAUUGUCUUGCAACUUAGUAAUAAUUAUCAUUAAUCUAUUGUUUUUGUUCUCUUGCCUAUAGCUUUGGCUACUUGUUUCACAAUUUUCAGCAAGAAACUUUGGUUACUUCUAUUUUUGGUUAUUUCUAGUAAGAAACUCUGAAACAUAUUAUGGAAGGAGCAUCGUUGCCACCAGGUUUUCGUUUCCAUCCAACCGAUGAAGAACUAGUUGGAUACUAUCUUAAAAGAAAAGUGGAAGGACUUGAAAUUGAGCUUGAUGUUAUUCCAACGAUUGAUUUUUACAAAUUUGAUCCAUGGGAGUUGCCUGAGAAAUCAUUUCUACCGAAACGAGAUUUAGAAUGGUUUUUUUAUUGUACACGAGAUCUAAAGUACCCAAAUGGAUCAAGAACAAAUAGAGCUACCAAAGCUGGCUACUGGAAAGCCACUGGAAAAGAGAGAAAGAUUGUGUGCCGGUGUAGUUCAUCCACUAUCACAGGCAACUGCAAAACACUCGUUUUCUAUCUUGGAAGGGCUCCUUUAGGCGAUAGAACUAACUGGAUCAUGCAUGAGUAUCGCCUCACCGAUGAUCUUAGCCAAGACUCACCAUAUUUUAAGGGUGGCUUAGCUUUGUGUCGAGUUAUAAAAAAGAAUGAGAAGAGCAAGAGGGUUGCAACAAGUUCCAUCAAUGGAAGUGAGACCUCAAUGAGAUUCUCAAGUGAUGUUUCUUCUCAAGCAAGUCACCUGAAUAAUGGAUCACAAAAUGUGGCUACAAUUGCUGAGUUUAACCAUGUUUCCAUAGAAACAAAUCCUUCAACCUUCUGGAUCUCCCCUGAUAUGAUUCUUGAUUCUUCAAAGGAGUAUACUAAAGUACAAGAUGCACUGUUUGAAUAUUUUCCUCCUAGUUGUGAAUCACCAAGGCAAUCAUUGGAACAUAUAACAACUUCACCUACUUUAUCCUACUCAAAUCUUAAUGGUGAAAAUGAAUUUUCGGAUAAUGUAAGUCAAAAUGGAUGCAUGUCACCUUACUCAAGUGCUCUAGGGAAUUUCAUGAACUAUAAUGGAAAUUGGGAUGUUCCUUAUGAGGUUUAUAAUCAAAUUAACUCAGUCUCAUAUCCCGAGCCUUUCUAAAAUCUGAAAACAAAAGGAAGAUCAUUCUCACUCUUUUUUUACUAUGCCAAAUUAGGAUCAAGAUCCAUUUGAAGGCAAACAAGUGGAGAUUUGAGUUAUGGAUUAAUAAUUGUGGGGACUAGUUAGCUGAAAUUUUACUUGGUGUGGCAUUACUAGGGAUCUCUGGGAUAACACCUUUUAAUGUAUGUCUUAGAGUAGUAGUACUACCUUUUAAUGUAUGACUUAAGAAUGAUAAAUAAUGAGUACUCUACAUUGCUAUACAUAUAUAGCAAGAUGGACUUUCUCAAAUACUUGGCCAAUUUGAUGGCACUGAAUGGAUUCUGAAGGAUA